GUCCCGGUCGGGUCACGUGCAGCCCGACCAGGUGCGUUGGUUGACUCGUCGAUUGAUUGCAACAUCGACCCCAGAUCCAACCAUCGUGCGAUGCGAUGGUCGACGCUGCUGCUAGGGAAAGGAACGGCGGCGCCGGCGGCUGGUGUGGGAGUGGAGACACGUGCAUCAUUGUCGCACUCCAUGGACGAUGACGACGCAGAUUCCAAAAUGGACGAGGACGAAUGUACUGCUGAUGGGUCAUUCUCAACACGUUUCUCAGCAACCCGGCUGCGUCAAGUUGCGAAUCUUCAGUCUGAAACUAAGAAGAAAAUUAUUAGCAAAAGCAGCUUUGGGUCCCUCCUAAACAUCAGUUCUUUCUCUGUGCCGGCUGAUUUGCUUGAUUGGAUAGUGAUGAAAAUUGACACAGAAAAGGCAAUGUUUAGUCACAAGAAGAAGUCUAUAUUGUUCACGAAAGACAUGGUGCGAAAAAAUUUCAAUGUACCUUCUGGGUCAAGGCCAGUGGAGCUGUUGAGGAGGAAUGAGUCUCAUGCGCUCCGUGAACCCUAUCGAGUAGGGUCAAGGUCUCCAAUGAAGCAUGCUAUUCAAGUGCUGAAGGCAACAGAUGAUCGUGAUGUAGUUUCCAUCAACAGGACUCGGGUGCUUUUAUGCAUUGCUCUCGUGCUAUCUCCUGGGACUGGCAACAUGGUCCCCCUAGAGGAUGUUGCGAGCUUGGUUGACAUGGACAAGAUCAAUGAGUUUGCGUGGGAUGAGCAUUUCCUGGCUGCUGCUUUGAAGGAGGUGAAGAAGUACCAAAAGAAGAGGGAGGCAGGAAAAAGUGGAUUUUGGAUUGGCGGUUGUCUGCCCAUGUUCGCGGUAAUUUACAUGGAUUUUGUCGAUGUGCCUCGUGGGUUGGUCUCUGAGCAUAGAUUCAACUACUCUCUUCCAAGGGCAUGUUUCAUUUGCAACAACGACUUCAAGUUGCUAGAAGAAAUUGAUAAAAACAAGCUCAGCCUUGAUAGAAUUGAAUUUGGAAACGGAAUCUUCAUCGUUUGCCAGAGAUACCAUAUGUAUCAAUUGUGAGUUGCAACGAAGAUGAUUGCGAGAACAACAAUGUGGAUGGAGUUAGUGGAGGUGGAAACAUUCCCGAGAUACCAGCCAAUCCAGUCACAGAUGGGAGAGAGACCGGUGGCGAUGUGUGCGGCUCUCUAGAUGAGUGGCUGCAGCCGCUUCCUUCUAGUCAAGACCUGGAGAUCCCACCUCACAUGCUCCCAUUAUAUGAGAAGCACAAGAAGUUGCAUGCGGCAUAAGUGAAGAAUGUUCUGACAUCCUUCGGCCAGAUAAUGCAGUCAAUUUUCUGCAAGCGUGUAGCACGUAUUUUGGUUGAAGCAAACUCCAUUGCUGCAACUUCCAAGGCACAGGUGUCUGAAGGUGUUACUUUUGAUGUUCCAGCAAGCAAUGCAGCAGGAGCAUGUGACACCAGGGCUCCACCCCAAACUAGCCCUACAGUUCACAUGGGUGCCACAGCACAAGAAGUCGAGGUUGAGAUGGAAGCUGCAGGUUGUCCCGACACCAACCAGAAUGGACAUGAUCAGGACAUUUUUUUGGAUAAAAUGCAGUGUUGCGAUAAAGUUGGGAAGGAAGAUGCGGAGUUUGUUCAGGAUAAGGGGGACCAGGAGGAGGUGGUAGCCCCUGAAUACGUGGCGGGAGAUGCAAAAGUCCCAUGUGUUACUGAUGAGGCUGGGCGGGUGAUUUUAUCACAAGGUACCGUGGCUGCAUUGGAUUCACUUGCGUUAGAAUUUGAUGAUGGUCCUUCAUGUAGUCUGUUCAAGAGGGAACCGAAGACUUCGAGUGGUUCAACAUGGAUCCUGAGACUGCAAGGAAGGUUAUGGAAGAGAAAAAGGAAAAGGAAAUUAAUGGCGUCUCCUCUCCUGAUGUUCAACAACCGCUUUCAGCAGGGCCCACCUUCGACAACAGUCCAGUGCUUGCAAGGCAGAGCAGUGGCUCAAAGCUUCCAGUGCAAUAUGAAGCACCAGCCCCAUGCUUCGACACUGAUCCGAAGCUUCAAAAGUCAUGUGAAACCCGGCCACCUAUAUAUGAUGCAUCUCCAAUUGCAUUCACAGCUCCAGUUGUAUCUUCAGGGUUUUUUGUCUGCUCACCUUGAGUCAUUUAAAAACUAGAUUGUACCAUGUAGUUAGUUCAUCAUGUUUUAUGUGUUUGCUUUUUUCUUACUUUUGUCUCAUGCCAGUGCAACAAGAUCGUUUUGAAGCUGAGUUGCAUGAGCCAGGGGAGAAGAUUGUCGAGGCUACCAGUGGGAGCAGUGCUCGUGUGAAGAAGGCAGUUAAGAAAAGAACGGCCCAGCCUCCUGAUGGUGUUCCAAAGAUGAAGAGGAUCAAGAUCGACCGAAAAGAUGAUGCUCUGUACCAGUAGUAUGUGAUGAGUAGGUACAAAAUACCAAGAGCAAAGAAAGAUCUAGUAAUCCCUGAUUUCAUUGAAAUAGAGGACUUCCACACAUCACUUCAGAACUUCCAUGCUGCAUUAAAGCCACGAGCUGAUCUUGACAGCGAGGUAAUGACACUGUAUCUGAAAACUUUCAACUUGGAGCAAUUGUACAACAAGAAGAAGCCGAAGAAGUUUGCAUUCUCAGUGUUUAUGGGGAGUCAAUUGGCUAUGGAUCCUGACUUGUUUGAUCACAAGAAUUGUGAAAGAGAGUUCAGAAAGGCAUGUGAAAAUAACCAUAUUUCAAAAAGCAAUCUACUCUUCAUUAGUGUCGUUCAGAAUAAGCAUUGGGCGGUGGUUGUUGUGAACUUGUUGCACAAGCAAUUCAAUGUUUUCGACUCGGUCAAGAACGCCACGGAUGUUAACUUGCUCCAUAAGGCAACCAA